GUGUUGAGAAAGCGUAGUCAUUCAUAUCAUUUUAGCUAAUUUGCCGGUUUUAGAUCCUGAUAUUAUGUAAGCCUAACGGUAUAUUUUUAAAUCAAAGACAUGAAAUGAUUUCUUAAAUGUUAUUCAAUAUUUACAACGAUGAAAAAUCAUUGAUAAAUCGUACCCUCAAUAACUCGUGUAACCCGAAAACGAAAGUAGAACUGUGAGAAUUUCAGAAUCCAAGGGACAAGACGUCACAAGAGUCGUGUGAAGUCAAAAAACCGUCAUAAAUUGCAAGGAUUUUGAUAUAAAUCACAAGAAGAAAAUUUGUGUAAUUAGUGGAAAUGGCAGGAAGAAGUUAUGAACUCCAGAAAUUCAGUGGUAAAGUUCUGAUAGUGAGAAACCAAGUCUAUCACAAAGUUCACAUUGAGGAGAGUAAGCGAGACAAGGAUUGUGGCACAUGUGAUAAAGAAACCAGAGGAUUAAAGGAAUUUAUGGAAAGUAUAAAGGAGGAGGAUAAAAAAGUUAAAAACUUGGUGGAGAAAUUCGAAAAGUUGGGUUUCACAGACAUAUAUGGUGGCACAGAGAGCUUUGUUCGAAAGGAUAAGACCAAGAAGGAAAUUAUUAAAUUAUUGGAAGAAGUGGCCAAACAGGACUUCAAAGAUUACUAUUGUUUCAUCUGUGUGAUUUUAUCCUUUGGAAAAGACGGGGUGAUCACCUGCAUACCGGAUAGCGAUCAGUCGGCCAAAAAACAAACCCCAAGCAUGCAGCUCCCUGUGUCAGAGCUUCAGGAGUGUCUAAAGGGAGACAAAUGCAAAGGUCUCCUUAUGAAGCCCAAAAUCUUCAUGUUACAGUUAGAGGAUGUUCCAACCGACACACCAGACGAUAUUGGUGAUCACGAAGCUGCAAGGGUCAAACCAAUUAAGAUUCCUAGGGAAGCAGACUUCCUCAUCUAUAAUUGUGAAACACAGUAUGCAAUUGAAGCAUGGACUGAUGGUCUGGACAGAUAUGUGAAUGAUAAAGAUCCCAUGGAGAUACAAAAGCUUCUGGUCAGGAUGAACCACAUUAUCCGCUCACGCAAUGUUAAAGUGGGCAUGAGUUCGCUUCCAGUACCUUGUGUUACCUCCCUUCUGACCAAAGAGGUAUACCUGGGGAAAAAGUUAGAUCAACCUGUACCUUCCUGAAUCUGCGUACUUAAUGCAGAGCAUUUGAUGAGAAUCAAAACUGUUCAGUUGCUAACCUUUUUUUUUUUUUUAAACAUUUCUUAGUUACGUUGUUCCAAAAAAAAUUCAACAAUGAAUUUCCCACAGAAAUGUCCAUGAUAUACAUGAUGAUGUUAUGUCUGAAGAUUAAUGAAAUGUUUACUGGUCUCUAAAUGUUUAGACUUGUUUUUCUAAAGAGCUGCUGUUAACCUGAAGUAUCUAGUGUGUAUCCAUUUGAUUUCCUUCAUGCAUAAUCUGAGAGUUUUGUUAAAAUCCUUUGUCUUUUAAAGUCAUUGGUGCUCCAUUGGUAGUUUCAUUGGCAAAUCAAGAGUAAUGAAAGCCAAAAAUGUGUUAAUUAGAUAUAUAAAUCGAAAGUAUUAUUCAUUGUUGUAUACUUUAUUACAGUGUAUAUGAUAAUUUAAUACAGUACUAAAGUUUUUACAAAUUCAGACAAUUUAUGAAAUAUGAUAUUUUCACAGUGUAGUCUACAUAUACAUGUAUAUCUCAUUUGUAUUGAAUUUCUGUCAGUAACUAGUUAUCAUACUUUUUCUCAUUUUGGCGAAUAAUUCAUGUACUUUUGAGUUUUUAAAAUUCAUAAAGGUUAGUUUUUAUAAUAAUAAUAAUAAUACCAUAUUUAUAUAGCACCCUUUUCAUACACUAUGUACGCUCAAAGGUGCUUUACAAUGCAUAUAUACCUUACAACAGAAUGUUAUACACAUAAUACAUAGAAAAUAAAUAAAACAUUAAAAGCUGUACCUAUCCUCAUUGUACAUAUAAAACAUGAAAACACAAGAUACCAUAAAUAUGCUAGAUAAGAAUAAACAUCAGUUUCAGGGCAUAUUAAAAUAAUAAUAAUAAUGAAAUACACACACGCACACACAGCAUACAAUGUCUCAGGUAUAAUACAUUAAUACAUACAAUUCCUUUUUUUUUUUUAUAAAACAUCACAAAAUGGUACUCGAAAGCUAAGGCACACAGUCUUUAGUUUUCACAGUUUUUUUGUGGAUUUUCGAUAUUUUACUGUUUAGUUUGAUUGCAAUAUCGUGGAUAUGGUACCUGUUUGUUAAAGCAUUAUAUAAGUUGUUUAUUUCAUUGUGGUUUGAAAUUUGUAGAAAUGUAGUACCUACAAAAAUUCAGUCCCCCCAAUAAUUCCACAGUAAAUCAGGUAUAUUUAAUUAGUUUCACAGCAUGCAAAACAAUUUCAAGUACAUUGUAUUACAAUCAAAUUUAUAUAUUCAAAGAGCUUUUGCCAAAAGAAAUACAUGUAUUUUUAUAUGUAAAACAAAUUUUAUAUGUAUUUUUUUUAGCUCACCUGAGCUUAAAGCUAAGUGAGCUUUUCGAAACAUCUUUUGUCUGGUGUCCUUCUGUCCAUAAACUGUUAACAUUUUCAACUUCUCUUACAGAACCACAGGAUAAUUUCAACCAAACUUGCCACAAAGCUUGCUUGGGUAAAGUUGAAGGGAAGUGUCACAUCCUUUUGAAGUGAUAAUUAAGAAUUAGUGAAAAUUUUGUGGCAUCUUUCAAAAAUUUUCUCCUCAAGAACCACUGUGUCAGUUUCAAUCAAACUUAGCACAAAUCAUCCUUUGACAAAGGGGAUUCAUGUUUGUACAAAUGAAGGGCUAUGCCCCUUCCAAGGGGAGAUAAUCAAGAAAAGGCAAAAAUAGGGUGGGGUCAUUUAAAAAUCUCAAAAACCACUGAGCCAGAAAAGUUGAAAUUUACAUGAAAGCUUCCUGAAAUAAUGUGGAUUCAAGUUUGUUUCAAAUUAUGAUUCCAGGGGGUAGGGUAGGCUAUUAUAGGAGAUCAAAGUUGUAUGUUGGAUAUAUAGAAAAAAUCUUUUAAAAUCACCUCAAAAAGAACAGGGCCCUGAUUAGUCAUAUUACUAUGCAAACAUCCCGAGGUAGUGUAGAUUCAAGUUUGUUCAAAUUGUGGCCCCUGGAAAUGGCUGAGGCUGCAAUAGGGGAUGAAAUUUUUGCUUAGGAGUGUAUAGGAAAAAAUCAUCUAAGAACAACAGGGCCAUGAUUAGUCAUAUUAAUAUCCAAGCAUUCCCAGGUAGUGCAGAGUCAAGUUUAUUCAUUUCAUGACCCCCACAGGUAGGUUGGGGCCACAAUAGAGGAUCAAAGUUUUGUAUAAGAAUUCAUAGGGAAACGUCUUUAAAAAUCUUCAUCUUAACAACAGUGGGGCCAUGAUUAGACAUAUAGAUAUGCAAGCAUCUGUAGGUAGUUAAAUUCAAGUUUGUUCAAUUCAGGGGCUCCAGUGGUAGGGUGGGGCAACAAUAGGAUAUCAAAGUUCUAGAUGGAAAUAUACAAGAAAUUAAUUAAAACAAAUAACAGGGCCACACUAAAUCAUAUCGAAAUACAAAUAUUCCCAAGUUGGAAUUCAAGCGUUGUUUUUUAUUUAGUUCUGACUGUGUACGAAACUUCAACUUUGCUCAUAACUUUUGAAUGAUGAGCGAGAACUCAUAUUUCUUAUGUGCAUUCCUUGUGAUAAGAUCUUUUUAUGGCACCAACAUAUUUACCCUUUUCACCUUGGAGUUCGACCUGCAUUUGAGAAAACCUAACCUAUUCAAUUUAUCCUUAAAAGGUGGAGCUUUCAUGUUUUGUAUAUAGAUUUCUUAUGGCAAGACCUUUCAUUUAUACUAAGAUCUUUGACGCUGUUACCUUUACUCCAACAUAGCAAGGUCAUAUUGGUAGUGAGGCAUCCCCAUGUUGUUUGAAUUCAAGUUCGAUUAUGUUGUGACCCUUUUGGACUAGGUUGGAGCCACAAUAUGACAUCUAAAUUUCAUGGGAAUAAAGAUUUGGGGAAAAAAUCUUUUGAAAAUCACAACAACAGGGCCAUGGUGACUCAGGUGAGUGAUAUUACCCCAAAACCUCUUGUUUACAACAAAUGUAAUAUUGCAGUCUGUGAUAGGAGAUACUAAAUUUUGACUUUCAUUCAAGAAAAUUUUUUCCAUUUUGCUUAAUCAGAGGACUGAAAUUUGAUAUUUUCUCAUAAUUUCAUUUUUUGUUUUUAAUUCUCUUUAUUCACAUGAGACCAAUUUUUUGGCCGAUUUCAUUUGAUAUUUAUAUUUCCAAUGUUUUUGCCUUUGAGAUCAUUUAAAAUUAUAAUGAUAGCCAUUUCCUCAUGAGUGAACAAUACAUAUUUGAAUCUUGAUAGAUAUAGUACAGUGUAUGUCUAUUUUUGCGACUUGGAAUUCUGACAAAAAUGAGAGUAGAUUGUUAAUACACGAAAUAACAUUUUCAAAUAUGAAACUUAUUUCUAAAAUGUCCUCCAGUCCUUUACUCUAAUUGACCGUGUUAUUUUGUAUACACAUGUAAAACUGAUAAUUUGUCAUCCUGUUUAUAAAUGUAUGCAUAUAUAAAAUAAUUAUUCCAUUGACCCUAAGAUAUAUUGACAUGGUUGCUCAUAAAGACAUGUGAUUAUCAACUGGUUCAUUAUAUUACAGCUGACAUCAAUGUUGAUGUUCUUCAUUAUUCUAGCUGUGAUGUAAACAAGAUCAACUGAGGCAGUUUGUUGCUUUUCUAUGCGUGAUCUAUAUUUUUUCAUAUUUCCUAUAUUUCCCUUCAAAUUGCCAAAGGGAUUGAAGUUUUCCAACAUUUUUACAAUACCAGUAUGCAGAAAAUCUGUUAAGAUUAUUUUUGCUACAAAUAGCGAUGAUAUUUAAACAACUAUGCAAUCUUUGUAAUAUAAGCAAAAAUGUACUGAAGUGUAUUUAAAUUUACAUUUACCAAUUCAAUGUUUUCUUGAUAAUAAAUCUAUGCUGUGUCAA